ACUACUAAUACUACUACAGCUCGAACCAAAAGACGAGCAAAGAAAGGCGCCGUAGAAGAUCCAGAAGACACUACGAAUAAUAAUAGUAUCAAUGACCACUCUGAUACUCCCCCAACAAUCGUCGCCAUUUCACAACAGAGUCGGUUUCAUCGUGAGACUCGCUUAGAUUCGGUUACAAAGGAAAUCGAUCUUAUGCAAGUCAACAUAUCAGUAAACCAGCUCGAACUACUUGUAGAUGCACAUCUAAAGAUCAAACCAGGUGUUCGUUAUGGUCUUGUUGGCCAAAAUGGUGUAGGAAAAACAGUUUUGAUGAAAUGUAUGGCAGAUAAUAUUUUAGUGGGAUUACCUCAGAAUUUACACAUAUUGCAUAUUGCACAACUCGAGGUACAUAGCGAAGCAAAUACAGCUCGCCAACAGUUGGUGAAAAUGGAACAAGAGUAUGCCGAAUUGGAAAACCAGAAAGACUCAAAGACAUACAUUACUCCACAAAUGACCCAUGAAAUCGUGACCAGCGUUUUCGAAAAGAGCGAAUUGAUUGACAUCAACGAAAGGAGCGCAAAGGCCCAACGAAUCUUGAAAGGUAUUGGAUUCACAGAAGACCAGAUCAAUGCAUCUGUCAAGGACUUUUCUGGAGGAUGGAGAAUGAAGAUUGCCUUGGCAAAAUCCUUGUUUAUUGAGCCUGAUAUUCUCUUGUUGGAUGAACCCACCAACCAUUUGGACUUGCCUGCAAUUUUGUGGCUGCAAGAUUAUUUGAUGAAUGACACAAACGAUCUAGCAAUGGUCAUAGUCUCUCACGACCGAGAAUUUUUGAAUACUGUCUGCGAAGAGACGAUCAUCUUUAAAGACAAAAAACUUCGUUACCAUCCAAGUAAUUAUGAGGAUUGGGAACAAAACACGGAAGAACAGAGAAUCAGAAAACAGGCAAUAAAGACUAUAAUGGCCAGUAUACAGCAAAAUCUGCAAAGAGCAAAGGCAACCGGAGAUGACAAGAGACAUGGCAUGGUUAAUUCCAGAAAAAAGGUCAGUUACUAUGCCGGAUUUCACACCGAUGCCCGCGUACAAAUUGCGGUUGAGCAAGGAGUCAAGACAGCCAAGAUCAAGGUUCCGGACCCACAACCCUUACGCUAUCAUGGUUCGGUGUUCACUCUCAAGUCAGCGUCGUACCGCUACCCAAAGGUCAAGAAAAACACAUUUUCAAACUUCUCGAUUGACAUCGAACCAGGAUCCCGGGUGGCGUUUCUGGGAGCCAACGGUAGUGGAAAGUCAACCCUGUUGAAUGUGUUGACUGGUAACUUGCAGCCAACGUCGGGCGAGCUCUAUCGUCACCCGAUGCUCCGAGUAGGAUAUUUUUCACAGCACUUGGUCGACCAACUUGACCUGGAGUCAACCCCGGUCGAAGAAAUGAAACGUCGAUUCCCAGACCUUAGCGAGCAGGACUGCAGAGCUCACUUUGGAACGGUUGGUGUGAGUGGCAAGAUCGUGCUUCGGAAAAUCAAGCAUCUCAGUGGUGGGCAGCGUAACCGGGUUGCGUUCUCGCUCAUCCUACAGGACGCACCUCAUGUCCUUAUUCUGGAUGAAAUCACCAAUCACUUGGAUAUGGGUACAGUCGAGAUGUUAGUAGAAGCCUUGGCAGGAUACACGGGUGCUCUGGUGUUGGUGAGUCACGACGUCUGGUUCUUAAAGCAACUCAUGGAGAAUGUGCCGAAAGAAGACUCAGAUGACGAGGAAAACGAUGAACCCGACAAGAGUGCGUUUUAUACGGUGAAGGAUGGGCAGGUCAAGCCAUGGGACAAGGGUAUGGAUGCUUAUGUGAGCUCCGUU